GGAAAGAUGAGUUAAAUAAACUUGAUAAGAAGAUGGAUGAAAAUCUAUUUCUCUCUGACAGUGAGGGUCAAAUGCUUUUAAAUUUUGAUACCAAAAUUUCUGAAGUUGCUUAUGAAAUUCAUUACUUAAAACAGAUAAAAAAAGAGAAUUUGCUUCCAGAUAAAGUACAAAAAUAUGAUAAAAAUUUCAAAAGUCUUCUCUUGGCCCAGUCUUUACUUGCUUGUAGUAUUCGAUGGUAUAAUGAUUUAAAUCAAAAUUUGGUUGAAUAUGAAAGAAAGUUAGUAUUCAAACAAUGGAAUGAAAUAGAAUCGCUUUUAAAACAAGGUCAAUCAAAGACUUGGAAUUCAGAUGAUUUAUUGGAUUAUUCUGAAGAGUUACAUGACUUGAUAAAAUCUGUCCAUGAAAUUGUGGUUAGAACUAAAGAAAAUGUCACUGAAGUUGAAAAAUUAAUCAAGACAUGGAGUCAAAUACCCAUUUAUGUCCGAGAAACACCUAGUUCAUUUAUGACUUUUAUAAAUUUAAAGACACCUGAAUAUGAGAAACAAAUUGAAAAUAUUAUAGUUACAGCUCAAAGAAUGAAGCAAGUUUUACAGGAAAAUUUAGAACUCUUUAAAAGCAAUCCCAAUUCUGGUGAAUGGAAAAGCUACACUUCAUAUUUAGAGACAAUGAUAGAGGAAGGUUUAACUGACACUAUAAGAUGCAGCUUGCAGUAUAUUUUGAAAAAUACUGAUCCACAAAAUAAAAAAAUAGAUCCAUUUUACAAAGUUUCUAUGCAUCUGGAAGAGGAUAUUGUGUUUAAACCAUCUUUGAAAUAUCAAAAAGAAGGAAGUCUCUUCAAUAUUUUUGAAUCAGUUUUAGAACAAAUAUAUUCUCUUUCAAAUGCAAUAAAAUGUUUGAGUAAAACUGAUUCUACCUAUUAUGAUUUCAUUAGCCAAAAUGAAGAAUUGGCUUCUUUAAAAUCAUCUAUAAUGAAAAAUAUAUCAUCAGGAGCUAAUAAAGCAUUGAUAGAAUAUUAG